UGUAGCCUUCGUAUCGCUCUUACCAUCACUUCGCCUCUCGUUGAUCCUCCUCAACCUCCUUCACCUGUAGCGGCCACAGAUGACUCUAGCCCGUCUGCCAAGCCGUAGGUCGACAGCUGCACUGCUCAUCAUUUACACGCCCGGCAGUGCCCUCUGACAGCGGCCUCACAAGUGUCCACCGUCCGCAUGACAGAGACAGACAGACCGAAGCAACCCAUGGCUUCGCCAGCAGGCGCACAUGGCAGCGGAGGCUCUACGCUAGCCAAUACAAAACUUACAAAGCGUCAGACGGAGGCCCUUGGCCGAGUGCCGUGCAAGUUCUUUCGCUCGGCGGGAGGAUGUUCAGCUGGAGAAGCCUGUCCUUUUGCUCAUAUUCCUGCUGGAGCAGGGGCAGGCAGCAAUGAUGGCGGUAGUGGAGCUGAUGCAGCUGGAGGGAAAGCUGUCUGUGAAUACUUUCUCAAGGGAAAUUGUAGAUAUGGAGCCAAGUGUCUACUCGCUCAUGUCAGAGAAGGAGAGCCAUUGAGCAUGGAUCGCAAAAACAAGAGAGGAGCGCAAGCAGGUGCGAGGACCGCAUCGAAUGGACAACACCAGGGACCAGUGCAUCAGCAGCAACCGCCUUUCUACAGGGGCAACAGCUCCAGAAUCACAGGACAGCACGAGCAGCCUUCGCACCCACACGAUCUUCGCCUUGCGCAACCUUCCUCGUCGAAUGUCCACAGCUCACUGCAACGAUCCAUACCGGUCCCUUCACUACCUCAUAUCCACCACACCAGCGCACAGUCGUCUAUGCCUUUCGCCCCAUCACGCAUAGACGACUUCGCUUUUGGAUUGCCUGACGAUCUUGGUCCUGCAGCUCCACCUUUUGGAGCCGCGCUGCCACCGCCGCUGUCCCAAGAUCUCUCUUCACGGAAUGUCAGCUUUUCUCCCGGGUUCGUUGGCAGCCCUCCGACGGCUGGACCCUUUGGGUCGAGUCCCUUCAGCAAUGGUCAGAGUGUCUUCUUCUCUAGUAGUCAGGACGCAGAUAGAGUAGGAAUUCGCUCUUUGAUGCGGCCGUCUUCGUAUACGCCAGGCGGAGCGAUGAGUGAGCAGACUUCCUAUCUCGGCAUCCCACAGAGCUCGUCGAGUCGCAGCCUGACCGCUCAAGAUCAUUCUAUACGAGGACGACUGUAUGCAGGGCACGAAGAGUUGGAUCUGGACGAGGACGGUCACAAUGAAGAAGACUUCCUACCGUCUAGCCUGAGCGACCUCUUGACGCCUGCUGAACUGGAAAGGAGGCGCAGGAAUGUGGAAGCUACUGCCGACGGACGACCGGAACAAGAUACCAGUGUACACCAGAGUCCUUCGCGCGCAGUUUGGGGAUCGGCGCAAGCGGGUCGAUCCACACCCUUUGAUGGACAGGAACUGCUCGGCAGGUCAGAUAGUCAACGCUUGACAGCGGGCGCGGAUUCUUCGGGAGGCAUCAGCUCUUCACCGAGCAGGGGCCAUCUGGCUAACGUCUCGGCGCCAUCGUCCGUCAGCGUUGGCAACAAGGCUUGGACCCCAACGCCCCAGCAGCGAAUCAAUUCACGGUCCGAUGUUAAAGUAGGCUUCGACCGAUUUCAAGACCUACGCUCGCAAGCCUCUAUUAGCCACGCUCCCGGGCAAAGUCUACCUCGAGGCCUGGCCGCUGGGUUGAGUCGCCUGCAUCUCACUUCGCCGGAGCGGAGCCAGGGCGACAGCGGCGUGUCCCAAGUCUCUGCGAGGCCUCCAGAAGGCUCUGCACCACCUGGUCGCGACCAGACUCUAUCUCCCUCGCAACGAUCCACUCCGAGCCAUGCGGGAUUUGGACCGAUUGGCUCUUUGCGCAACAAUGCAUCCUCACCCUUGUCGCAAGGUCCUGAUUCGACGCUGGAUGUGCACGAUCUCGGUCCCACGGCCCCAUCGAGCCUGCUGCCACAUCGAGCUCCUGGCGGAUUCCAGUCCCGCUUCGACUUUUCCUCGGAGCGUAGCUCGGUGGAUAGCUCGGACAAAAAGGGCGGCGAGGUAUCAGACAGCUCGCGACCUGGGCGUGAGGCGCUCUCGAAUGGCUUGACCUCGUCGUCCUCCAGCGCCAGAGCGGGCAAGACGUCCUCCUCUUCUCCUUCUGGUCUAGCGGCAUCAGGCUCACCAUCCGCACUCGGUACCCUCAGAACCUGGACUACGGGAGAGCAAAGCGGCAUGAAAAAGGGCAGCGGCACCGGUGCUAUCACUAGCACUCUGUCAUUCGGAGCGACGACUAGUCCUGCGUUUGUAGGCGCGGGGAGCAGCGAUCAGGAGCAUGGUCGGCGAGGCGAAGAAGACGGCGAGGAAGUUGGUGUAUUUGAAUUGGAGUAGCGGUGUGUGUGGGCAGGCAAGCUCAAGUAACAUUGCAGCGGAUGAUGAGAUGUGUCUGUACAGUAGGGUGUCAAUUUUCAUCGGCUCGCAAAUGCCAAUACUGUACGCCACGGAGCAGGCAAAAGGAUACUAUCGAUGCGAUCUAUAUGCAGCGUUUUGGCCGCCCUUGCUUGCUCCAUGAUCUGAGCUUUCUAGGUUUACCUUUAUUACUGAAAGCGUGUACCUCAUUCUGAACUCGCACAAGUCUUAGCAUGCAUCGUGUACCCCUCGAGCAUCUCAU